CUCUCAUUUUCAAAUCUAGUUCUUCUCCAAGGACUUGAACAGAACCGUGGAGCUUGGUUUUCUUCACUCUCUGCUCGGACGACCCAUCUGGGCCCUCAAUGGUCUGAUAGACGAGUUUCAUCCCACUUCGAGGCAAAAAUUAGUCCAAUCAUGGCGGAAGUCCCAAUUCGAGACAGUGUGCCGCACUCGGCGGUGAAGGCCACCCUCACAGUCUUGGACCCGGAGCAUAGUAGCUCGAAGACGCUGAAGAUUGAGAACACAGAGAAGAGAGAUGACUUGAUAGCCGUCGAAAAGAAGUAUCAAAAGCUCUGGGCAGAUCAACAUGUCUUCGAACCUAAUGCACCAACUUUCGAAGAAGCGCCAUUUGAGUCAACGACUCCGGAUGAACUCCACUCCAAAUUCCCAAAGUGGUUUGGCACCAUGGCGUAUCCUUAUAUGAAUGGAACCCUCCACGCCGGCCACAGCUUCACCGCCAGCAAAGUCGAGUUUGGUGCUGGCUUCGCUAGAAUGCAGGGCAAACGCACUCUUUUCCCGCUGGGCUAUCACGUCACGGGUAUGCCCAUCAAGGCUUGCGCUGACAAGCUGGUUCGGGAAAUUGAGAUGUUUGGUCCUACAUUCGAAAGGUGCCCGAUCGAGGACAUCCUCGACGAGAACAAGGAGGAAGUUCCAGCUCCUGCCCAGGAAGCGAAGACUGAUAUGAGCAAGUUCACUGCGAAGAAGGGAAAAGCCGCAGCCAAGUCAGUCAAGACGAAGUACCAGUUCCAGAUCUUGCUGGCUCAAGGGAUCCCGGUAGAAGAGAUACAUAAAUUCGCGGAUCCCCAACAUUGGCUGCAGUUUUUCCCACCGCUAGCAAAACGCGAUCUGACGAAUUUUGGAGCUCGCAUAGACUGGAGACGACAAUUUGUGACUACCGACGCGAAUCCAUACUACGACUCCUUCGUGUGCUGGCAAAUGCGGAAGCUCAAGGAGAUGGGCAAGAUAAAGUUUGGGAAGCGCUACACUAUCUACAGUCCCAAAGAUGGACAGGCCUGUCUCGACCAUGAUAGGCAGUCAGGAGAAGGUGUACCCGUGCAGGAAUACACUGCACUGAAGUUGAAGGUGAAGGAGUGGCCGGAAUCUGCUCAAGAGAUCCUGGAGGGCAAACUGCCAAAGGAUGCCAACGUUUAUUUCGUUCCCGCAACCCUAAGACCGGAGACCAUGUAUGGCCAAACCUGCUGCUUUGUCGGCCCAAAGAUCAAGUAUGGGAUAUUCAAAGUUUCAGACAACGAGUACUUCUUCUUAAGUCAGCGAGCAGCCCGGAACAUGAGUUUCCAGAACAUAUUCCCAGAGUGGGGCGUAUUUCCUCAAGUCGCUGAGCUUACUGGGUCUGAUGUUGUGGGAACACUCAUUAACGCUCCCUUAUCUGUCCAUACCGAAGGCGUUCGUAUCUUGCCCAUGGAAACUGUCAAAGAUACGAAAGGAACAGCUGUUGUCACAUCGGUCCCCAGCGACUCGCCAGAUGACUAUGCUACCGUCACUGAUCUUGCCAAGAAGGCGGAUUACUAUGGAAUCAAGAAGGAGUGGGCUGAGCUUGAGAUCAUACCAAUCAUCAGCACCCCAGCUUACGGCAACCUCACCGCGCCUGCCCUGGUCAAGGAACUGAAAAUUCAGAGCCCGAAGGAUACUAAGAAGCUUGAGGAAGCCAAGGAGAAGGCCUACAAAGAAGGCUUUUACAAGGGCACCAUGCUCAUUGGUGAGUUCAAGGGCAAGCCAGUGGAGGAGGCAAAAACCCUCGUUCGGCAGGUGUUGAUCGACUCUGGUGACGCUUUCAAUUACGCCGAACCAGACGGAUUGGUCAUGUCUCGAUCAGGCGAUGUUUGUGUGGCGGCAAACCUGGACCAAUGGUAUAUGAAUUACGGACUCAACGGAGAUAGGGAGUGGGCAGAGACUGUACUGGGUCAUAUCAAGGGCGACCUAAACACCUACUACCCUGAAGCACGGCACGCUUUCACCCAGGUUAUUUCCUGGCUUUCCCACUGGGCUGUCAGCAGGUCGUAUGGUCUUGGAACAAAGUUACCAUGGGAUCCCGCCGUCAUGGUCGAGUCUCUCUCCGACUCUACCAUCUAUCAAGCAUAUUACUCAUUUGCACACCUCCUCCACAAAGACCUUUUCGGCAAGGAAGUUGGACCACUCGGAAUUAAGCCAGACCAGCUUACUGACGAUGCGUGGGAUUACGUUUUUGCGCGUCGAGAUGAUCUCGACUUUGAAACCACGAUUGACAAGAAGGCUCUGGAAACCAUGCGACGUCAAUUCGAUUACUGGUAUCCACUGGACAUUCGAACAUCCGGUAAAGAUCUCAUUCAAAAUCAUCUAACCUUCAAUCUCUACGUUCAUACUGCGAUCUUCAAGAAAGAGAGCUGGCCUCGGAGUUUCCGAGUGAACGGACAUCUGAUGCUAAAUGGAGAGAAGAUGAGCAAGAGUACGGGCAAUUUCUUGACCCUCGAGCAGGCGGUUGAAAAAUUCGGCGCAGACGCAACUCGGAUAGCUCUUUCUGAUGCUGGUGAUAGUUUGGAAGAUGCCAACUUUGAUGAGUCUGUGGCAAAUAGCGCGAUUCUAAAACUGUACGAGCUAAAGAAGUGGUGCGAGGAGAUGGUUCAUGAUGCCAAGAUCGUCGCAGAUGGAGAAGAGUACAAGCAUGUGCGCGAUGAUGAGGGCAAGAAGUUUAAGAACAUCGACGCUAUACAACGCAAGUCAGGUUCGCCAUAUUUGUUGUGGGACAAGAUGUUCGACAACGAGAUGAACUCUCUGGUAAUCGAGACUCAGCAAAAUUAUGAGGGAACGAUGUAUAAGCUGGCCUUAAAGACUGGCUACUACGACUUCACUGCUGCGAGAGAUUUCUACCGAGAGGCCACAAAGGCUGCUGGUCUAGGAAUGCACGAGGAUCUUGCGAGGCGAUUCAUUGAACUCCAAGCCCUUCUCAUCACUCCCAUUGCUCCCCAUUUCGCCGACUACAUCUGGCAGGAAGUUCUCAGGAAGGAUGACACCAUCCAGAAUGCUCUUUUCCCCAAAGUCCAAGAGCCGAUCCCAGCCCUUACCGCCGCCCGCGAGUACGUUCGCACAACAUCGUCAAAUAUCACCUCCGCGGAAGGCGCUCAAGUGAAGCGACUGGCGAAGGGCAAGACUGCCUUGUUCGACCCAAAGAAAGACAAGAAAAUCACAAUCUUCGCCGCAACCGCAUACCCUGCCUGGCAAACCAAAUACAUCGACCUCGUCCGCUCCUCCUACCCGGCCCUCGAUAUCAAAGCCAUCUCGAAAUCAGUCGACAAAGCCGAGAGCAAGAAGGCUAUGCCGUUCAUCAACGGCCUCAAGCGCCGCCUCGACAACGGCGAGUCGGCUGAGGUUGUGCUGAACCGCAAACUAGUGUUCGAUGAGUUGGACACGCUAAAGGCGAUGGUACCUGGCUUGAAGCAGACGGUUAGGUAUUGCAAGAUUGUGGAGAUUGUAAGUGUGGAUGAGGGAGGGCAGAGUGGGACGGUGGUGGUAGGGGAGGUUGAGGGAGGAGGCAAGCGGGAGGGAUUGCCACAGAAUGCGGGCGGUGCGGAGCCGGGAGGUCCGAGUUUCUUGUUUGAGAACAUUUGAGGUGUGACGAGACUUGUGAGUCGGCUUGUUUCGUGUCUCUAAAAUUGAGGUGGGUGUUGUAGCUGGGCUUUCUCCCUUAUCAACAGGCGAGGGCUCAGGGAAUGCGUAGAAUUAGAAAAAGAAGAAAUGGACUUUCUAGUGUGAGCCAAAACUGAAUGAAGAUGUUGGAGCGAAACAGUCCUUGUGAAGGCAUUCAUCGG